AUGCCAUUAGCACAAAACUACAAAGAUGAUGUGACUUUAUUAGAAAUGAAAUCAGGCUUCGGAAAAUCCACGGUCGGUCCGUUCGGAAGAGAAUCUUCGCAUCCAUCACGCUUUCAUAUGAAUAUCAAUCGCGGAGUUACAUUCAUCAAACAUGGUGCAACUUCCAAUACUGUCAAUAUAAUCGCUGAUGAUGAUUUGCCUGAUAUUGAUUUGGUGCCGCAUCAUUCAUCGUUGAGUCAAUUCUAUAAAUCGCCGUCAACUUCGCAGCUUACCACAAAUAUUGAUAAAAAUCUUCUAUGCAAAAGAACGACGAGUCAUCCACAAUUACAUAUGAUCGAUACGAUUAAAGACAGUCACUCCGAUAUGAAAAACAAUGUUUUCAAUACUCGUCGAUCACUACUUCGACGCUUAAGAGCAUCUGAUAAGACAGUCAGUGAAGAUAAUAAUACGAACACGAUGAGUUCUUUGGACUUAGCUACUGUUCCAUCGUUAGUGUUAACCACUGAUUCAAGUGCGUCAUUUCCAUCCGUCCAACGAAAUAUAUCUAGUGAUAUGAACUAUGUAAGUGAUUUGUUUUUGUCUAAUAAUUCCCAUCUGAUUUACUCUACGGACUUUAUUCUCCAACACGAGCGCUAUUAUUUAUAG